AAUAUUUUGUAAACAAUUAAAUAACUAACUACUGUUGUUCUUCGUUAAUUAUUAUCGUUCACUGUAAAUAAUUUAAAAAGUUGUAACAAAAUGAUUGAACUUUCAGCGAAAUUAACUACGGGAACCGUUUACCUAGCUGGUGAAGCAUUAGAAUGUUGUAUUACAUUUUGCCACACAACUCAACCUGAACACAGGAAUUCGCAAAGCCACAGUGACAUAUUAGAGAAUUUGGCAUGGGCUUCCGCGCAAAUACACUGUUUCUAUUCGACAUCGGGUAAUCCCAGCGAUAAAUCUCUGUCUAUAGAAAAGACUACGGCCCUAGAAGUAACAUCAUGUGAUAUUGGGGAUGUAGUUUUUCACACAAAGCCCAAAAUAUUAUUUUGCGACCUGACCAUUCCUCUUGGGGAAACCAAAACUUUUUGGUACAGAGAAUCCCUGCCCAUUGAAGCUGCUCCAUCAUAUAGGGGUACAACAAUUAAAUAUUCAUACAAAAUAACAAUUGCCACACAAAAGGUAGGCUCACAUAUAAAAAUGGUAAGGAUACCAUUCAGAGUAUUACCAAUAAGUCCCAUCAUGAAUAUGCAAGACUUGGCCGCACUUUGUGGUAAUGAGACCACUGAAGAUCUACAGCCUACAAACCCAUUUUCUGAAGAAAGGAAAGUAGAGACACCUUUGACUAUGGCUUUACAGGUUCUACAGAAUCUUACUGCAAGAAGGAGUCCUAACUCAUACAUGAUAACAAAUACUAGAGGUAAAGUUGGUCGGUUCUGUCUGUUUAAGUCAGCUUACAAAUUGGGUGAAGAUAUAGUGGGGACAUUUGAUUUCUCUGUGGGCACUGUUACAUGUAUGCAGGUUUCAGUAUCACUACAACCAGAAGAAAUAUUGAAAUCAAAAACACCAGCAAAAAAUGUUAACAAAGAGUCUAGCAGUAGAUCAAUGACAGUGGCCAGGUAUCAUGAAGUGACACUUGGAUUGACUCAUUCUGAGCUGAUUCUCCCAAUACCUUUGCAUAUCACACCAGCAUUUGAUGUUAAUGAAGUGUCACUAAGAUGGCGACUUCACUUUGAAUUUGUAACAACAAAUGAAAAACUUAGCCCGAAUCCGGAAGAAAAGGAUUGGAAUGCGCCACUAAAUGUGCCUAUUGAAACAAUGGUUUGGAAUCUACCUGUCAAAAUAUAUUCAACAUUACCCAAACAAAUCACACAACAUUCAGUGAGCAGUGAUGCUUAUACUUUAUGUAUUAAAUAAAUUAAACUGGAUAUUUUUUAUUACACAACUAUACAAUCAAGUGAUUAAACUGUUUA